AUGUACUUCACCCUUUACUUCCUCGUCACCCGCCUCCCUGACUCCCUUCGCUCGGUCAGGGACCACUUCCUUGCCCUCGACCCCUCUACCCUCACCAUAGACGACUUCGAGAAGCAACUUCAGGCAGCGGAGAAGAGCAUUGUCGCUGUCAGUGCUGCUCGAAGCACUCCUCGCACCCCCAUCUUUGAGGGGUGCUCCCCCUCCCCCCUCGCCUCCUCUCAUGCCUCUGUUGCUGCUGCAGUCGACUUCCUGCGUGCAGAGGAGGUCGGGGCGGCUUCCGCUCCUAGUGGGAAGCGCCGCAGCACCAAGGGCAAGGGUGGUCGAGGUGGUGGAGGAGGAGGAGGUGGGAGCGGAGGAGGAGGUGGGGGCGGUGGUGGGGGUGGAUGCGGUGGGGGGAGUGGAGGCGGUGAAGGUAGAAGUGGAGGUGGCAGCGGCGGCAGUGGGGGAGGAGGGAGCAGUGGUGGCGGCGGUGGUGGGGGCUAA